GAGGUGUAGAAGUGCUCCAUCACUGUCCUCGGCAGAUUGAACUUCAGCUGCUGCAGGAAGUACGUCCUCUGCUGGGCCUCCUUGAUCAGGGAGCUGAUGUUUAGGUUGAGGUCCUGGGUGAUGAUGGACCCCAUGAGAUGAUGGGGGAGGGUGGAGCUGUGUUCUUCCUGAAGUCUACAACCAUCUCCACUGAGUUCACAGCGUUAAGCUCCAGGUUGUUCUCACUGCACCUGGUCACCAACUGAUCAGUCCCCCUCCUGUAGACGGACUCAUCCCCACCACAGAUGAGCCCAGUGAGGGUGGUGUGGUCUGCAAACUUCAGAGGGGAUGGGAAAUAAAAUCUCUCCAGUGAGUCCUGGGUCUACCCUGAGGUCUCCUCCCAGCUGGACGUACAGGAAAACCUCCAAAGGAAGGAGCCCAGGAGGAUCCUGAUCACAGUGAAUAAUGAGGAUCAGUGGAAAGGGGAAAUAACAACAGUGAUUUGUCAUCUGUCCGUCCGUCUGUUCAUUCGUUCGUCUGUCUGUAGGAAACACAACAACAUGCUCUCGCUGCUUCUUCACACCUUCACCUCCGUCUCCCUCCUCACAGUGUCGGCCCUUUUGUCUGCGGUCACCACGGAGACGGUGGUGGGCGUGGCCGGGCGGAGGGUGGCGCUGCCGUGUCGUACGGAGGCGGCGAACCAGAGAGGGGUGGAGGUGUGCUGGGGGAGGGGGGAGCCAUCACUGUUCACCUGCCACAACACCGUGAUCAACGUCAAUGGAGAUCACAUCACAUACAGGAAGUCAUACAGGUACUCCGUCUCCUCCUCCUCCUCUCUGAUCAUCUCCAUGUCUCGUCCGUCAGACUCUGGUUUCUAUCACUGCAGAGUUCAGCUGCCCGGCCUCUUCAACGACCAGACGUCCACCGUCCACCUCAUCAUCAUCCCUCGCUCUGUGGUCUCUGAUGACGGGGACGCCGAGAACCUGAACGCACCACCCGCUACAACGAGUCCCACCACAAGAGACGGGACAGAGGAGACAGGAAGUGAUGUCACCGACUCCACAGAGCCAAUGGUGGCGCUGGUCCAGUUGCCUGUCCAGCAGCAGCAGGUAAACAGUCUGCAGACGUUUGUUGGAAACACAGUGAGACUGUCCUUCAUCAUCUUCAUCCCUGCUCUGCUGCUGACUGCUGCUUACAGAGUGUGGAGGACCAAUCAGAAACCAGAGACUGACAGAAGGCUGAACCAAUCAGAGGAGGAGGAGGAGGUCACCUGUGUGUGAUAAAGCUGUCAUUUCAUCCCAUCACCUCCAGUCUUCAUGUCCAGUCCACUCCUCAUCACCUUCAUCACAUCACUCUGUCUUUGUUGCUCUCGUGUUGUAAAGUUGUUAAAUCUUUCUUUUUGUAAAGUUAAUAAAUUCAUUUAAAACAA